CGUAAACUUUUUCCUUGAAUUUUUUUUGCAUGUAUUCUGUUUUUUCUUUUUCAUUUUUUUUUUAUUUUUUUUUUGUGGGGGAGAGGGUUUGUUUUUUUUUCAUAUGAAAUUAUGCUAAGUAAGGUUUACGGUGACUGGUAGCUGUGAGCGGAGAAUGCCAUUUAUACGCCCUGGCGGUAUAUCUCAACAAUAAAAAACCGGAUUCCCCUGGGGUGCCCGGUAACCGACUAAACAAUUCACAAAUUCACACAAAAGCACAAAUUCUACGACUGUUAUCCUGCCCAAUUAAAGUAAAACAUGACUGGAGUUAAUUCUAAAGUUUUGGAGUUUUGCCAAUUUAUGGGAAGGCUGAAGCAUCUUCCAAGAACAGGAUGGGUGAUACGAGACAUCCCUAAUUGCGAGACCGUGGCCUCACAUAUGUACCGAAUGGCUAUGCUCACUUUCCUUCUGGAAACCAAAGAUGUAGACAUUCAAAGGUGCCUUAAAAUGUGUCUUGUACACGAUAUGGCUGAAAGUAUUGUUGGAGACUUAACACCUCAUUGUGGUGUGUCAGUAGAGGACAAACAUCGUCAAGAAGAAGCUGCCAUGGAAACUUUGAUCAAAUUGGUUCCUGAACUUGCUGCUGACGAUCUCAAGGCUCUCUUCAUGGAGUAUGAAAAUCAAGUGACAAAUGAGGCUAUUUUAGUCAAAGACCUCGACCGCUUCGACAUGAUUUGCCAAGCGUAUGAAUAUGAAGAGUCUCGCAACAAACCACGAGCGCUCCAGGAAUUCUUUGACGCAACUGAAGGCCGUUUUAAGCAUCCUGAGAUUAAACGCUGGGUGGAUGAACUAUCGCAAAAGCGAGCACAUUUCUUGUCUUCUGCGGUCAAUGACGAAGAGGUGAAGCCGCACAACUCGUGAGGAUAGCAGCCAAAGCAUUUUUUGAAACCAAAGUAAUAGCUCCAAUUUUGUUUGUUCACUGUGUUAUCUAGCUUAAAUAGGAAUGUUUUAACCAAGUGUUCAGUUGGUGGUAAAUAAUCAUCAAACUUCCUUUGCCCUCGUUUUAACAAUGUCAUUGACUUUUGAAGUUAAAAGUAUUGCAUUUUCUUUGUCUUGGUCAGUUUUGAAAACAAUAAAAUAAAAACAAAUUUCGUUUUUAAA